AUGGCCCCAACCACCUCCCCGAAAGACCGAGUAUGGUCUCGAAGAGAAAUCGAAGGAUUGAUAGCAGAUGGACGAAAGAUCUUCAUACUUGACGGUCAGGUGGUCAAGGCCGAUGCCUGGUGUCCUUUCCACCCUGGAGGAGACAAAGCGAUUCAGCACAUGGUAGGAAGAGAUGGGACAGACGAGGUUCGAGCAUUACAUUCCCUGGAUGCUCAAGCACGCAUGCGGAAAUAUGUUAUUGGGAGAGUCGAGGGUCGUUGGAUCAACUUCACUCCCCCAAUUCAAGGUGGAUAUUUCAGACCACUGUCCGCAAACGACGAUCAUGAGGACGACACAGGUUCCCAGACCGACGGCGAGUUAAGCAGCCGCUCAAACACGAGUGUGCCACCGUCUCCCAUCUUCGACGCUGUUGACGCCAAAGUCGAAAAAGCCGUUGGUAGUUCAUCUGUCUAUGCAGCGUCUCCAAAAGACGCCAUCGACAUCAAGGCAAAUCCCAUCGAAGCGAAGCUUUCUGCAGAGAGGGCUUCUGACAUUCUAAAAUACCCCUCCCUGGACUAUGCUUCUCAGGAUCGGAUCGUCGCCAAAUACCGAGAGCUCGAUGCUCGCAUCAAAGCUGCCGGAUUAUAUGACUGCCCAUUUUCGUCUUAUGGGGUUGAAGCGAUCCGGUAUUCACUCUUGUUCGCUGGGUUCCUGGUAGCCCUGCAUUACGGCUACUAUGCUAUUUCAGGCAUCUGUCUCGGAGCACUCAUCCACCAGCUUUCCUUCACCGUCCACGACGCCGGCCACAUGGGGAUCACGCACAAUUUCCACAUCGACACCUGUAUUGGAAUCUUCAUCGCUGAUUUCCUGGGAGGGCUGUCGGUCGGCUGGUGGAAAUGGAACCACAAUAUCCACCAUAUUGUCACGAACUCUCCUGAACACGACCCGGAUAUCGAACAUAUGCCCUUCUUCGCCAUCUCGACCCGCUUCUUCAGUAGUCUCCGCUCGACAUUUUACGAACACGUCAUGUACUUCGACGGCUUUUCCAAAUGGCUGAUUUCGAAACAGCAUUGGCUUUAUUAUCCCAUACUCCUCUUUGGCCGAUUCAACCUCUAUCGUUUGUCGUGGAUGUACCUCAUCCUCGGACAAGGUCCCAGGAAGGGCCCUGCCUGGAAAUAUCGGUACCUGGAAAUCACGGGAAUCCUUUUCUUCUGGUUUUGGUAUGGCUAUGGCGUGGUGUACUGCUCCAUCCCCAACAACUGGGACCGAUUCGUCUUCUUCAUGCUUUCGCACAUGGUCACAAUGCCCCUGCACCUCCAGAUCACUCUGUCCCAUUUCGCCAUGUCGACCGCGGACUUGGGUGUGCACGAGUCGUUUGCACAGAAAAUGCUUCGUACAACAAUGGACGUCGACUGUCCUACCUGGCUUGACUUCUUCCAUGGCGGCCUGCAGUUCCAGGCAGUCCACCAUUUGUUCCCUCGCAUCCCGAGACAUAACUUGCGCAAGGCGCAGGACUACGUGAGGGAAUUCUGCGAGGAGACCAAUAUUCCAUACGUCAUCUAUGGCUUCGGCGAAGGGAACAAAGAAGUCAUUGGACGUCUGGAGGAAGUGGCCAAGCAGGUCAAGGUGUUUGAAGAGUGCAAAAAGGCCUGUGUCAAGGACAUUGCUGAAGGACGCGGUCUUGAGCAUUGA